CUACAGCUGACCCCUCCGGUUUCUGCGUGCACUGCCACGUUAGUAGCGGUAGACACAAAAUACCUGCUACUCUCCCAACCCCAAGCAAGGAAAAAGACCAGAAAACUGAGACGAAUUUCUGAACCAACUCGUCGCACACCGUGUUUGCAACUCUUGUCUCCCUGUGAGGAAGAAUACUCGACGGCAACUAUGUUGAAGUUUCUGCUCUUGUGUACCUUGGCUGUGGCCAGCAGGGCUGAGAUCGCCGAGGAAGAAGAUGUCCUGGUGCUGAAGAAAAGUAACUUCGAAGAGGCUCUGCAGGCUCACCCCAACAUCUUGGUUGAAUUCUAUGCACCAUGGUGUGGCCACUGCAAGGCCCUGGCUCCAGAGUAUGCCAAGGCUGCUGGCAUGUUAAAGGCAGAGGGUUCAGAAAUUCGUCUGGCUAAAGUAGAUGCCACAGAAGAAACAGAACUGGCCCAAGAGUAUGGAGUCCGGGGAUACCCCACCAUCAAGUUCUUCAGAGGUGGCGAGAAAGAGUCUCCCAAAGAGUACUCGGCUGGCAGACAGGCAGAUGACAUCGUCAACUGGUUGAAGAAGCGUACGGGGCCUGCCGUCACCACCCUGACUGAGGUCACUGAAGCCGAAUCUCUGAUUGCUGACAGUGAGGUGGUAGUCAUCGGAUUCUUUAAGGAUGCCACAUCUGCUGGUGCCAAAGCCUACGAAAAAGCAGCUGAGGCCAUUGACGAUAUUCCCUUCGCCUUGACCUCCAGCAACUCUGUUUAUUCCAAGUAUGAGGUGUCCAAGGAUGGUAUCAUUCUCUUUAAGAAGUUUGAUGAGGGGCGCAACACAUUUGAUGGAGAGUUGACCAAAGAGAAACUCCUGGCGUUUGUCAAGGCCAACCAGCUGCCUCUGGUCAUUGAGUUCACCGAACAGACGGCACCUAAAAUCUUUGGUGGAGACAUCAAAUCCCACAUCCUCAUGUUUCUGCCAAAAGCUGCUUCAGACUUCCAGGACAAAAUGGACCAGUUCAAGAAAGCCGCCCAGGGAUUCAAGGGUCAGAUCCUCUUCAUCUUCAUCGACAGCGACAUUGACGACAACCAGCGCAUCCUGGAGUUCUUCGGCCUGAAGAAAGAGGAGUGUCCCGCCAUCCGCCUCAUCACCCUGGAGGAUGAGAUGACAAAGUACAAGCCAGAAAAAAAUGUCAUCACUGCAGAAAGCAUCACUGAAUUCUGCACUCUGUUCACUGAGGGCAAACUAAAGCCCCACCUCAUGAGCCAGGACAUCCCUGAAGACUGGGACAAAAACCCCGUCAAGGUUUUGGUGGGCAAAAACUUUGAAGAGGUUGCCUUUGAUUCAUCAAAGAACGUCUUUGUGGAAUUCUAUGCACCUUGGUGUGGACAUUGCAAACAGCUGACUCCUAUUUGGGAGAAGCUGGGAGAGAAAUACAAGGACAGUACUGACACCAUCGUGGCUAAGAUGGACUCAACAGCCAAUGAGAUCGAGGCCGUCAAAGUCCACAGUUUCCCUACUCUGAAGUUCUUCCCUGCAGGAGAGGACCGGAGGGUGAUUGAUUAUAAUGGAGAAAGAACGCUGGAGGGCUUCACCAAAUUCCUGGAGAGUGGUGGUAAAGAGGGUGGUGCCCCUGCAGGAGAUGACGACAAUGAUGAUCUGGAUACAGAGGAUUUGGAAGAUGUGGACACCUCUGAUGGUGAGGAUGGCGGCGACGAUGAUGGACACGAUGAGUUGUAAGAGGUUAAGGAGAAAGAGCAAGAAGAGACGAGUCCCACCCCAGUCCUUUUAACCAGUCACUAUCACCACAUUCACUUUCUUGUGGACCUUCCCUGUCCUGUGAACAUUAACAAUUGUCCUUAAACUGCCUCUCAGUCAGCUGACCAGAUGGCCAGCAAGUCAGUUAGUCCAUCGGUUGCUGGCAAGGCAGGAUUUUUUUUUUUUUUUUUUGUUUGUUUGUUUUUUUUUUUUUUUUUUUUUUUUUCUCUCCCCACCAGCUACAUCCUCAACAUAACUAAUUCUGGCCAGAUUGGUCUUGUCCCUCCUGGGGCGAGGGGGGAUUUUGUGGAAUAUCGCACCACCUCUGUGGAAGACCUCAAUGCCUUGUAUACAAAGCUCCACAUCAGCUGUUUGCCUUGUAUAUUUUAAACCAAAUGUUAAAGAAAUGGCAUUGAGAUGCAUUUAGGGGUUUUUGUUUUGUUUUUGUGUCCAUAUGGCUCCCCUCUUUAAAAAAAAAAAAAAAAAAAAAUAAGAAAGAGAGAGCCUUGUCAUAGUUCAGUGUGGGUAUGAGCUAAAUGAGUGUCACAUUUAUUAAGAGAGGUGGGGGCUGCCAGUGUUUUUUCUCCAUCUGAAUGAAAUCUGGAGGACCAGAGAUUUUUGUGUGGUGGUUUUGUAAGGACUGAUCUCUCAGGGGAAAAGGGGCCAUCCUGUGUUCUCAUUUUUCUUUUCUUUCCUUUUUUUUUUAACAGUGACUCUUAUUAAAGUAAACCCCACAGUUUACCCUGUUUAGGACAAAGGCCCCCUCACCCCCAUCUGUAGCUGAGUUAUUUUGUAUCUUACGGUGGGGGGUAUUGGCUUUAUUUUCACUUCUUCAUUCCCAAAUAUUGCUUCUGUCUCAUUUCAUCACAGCUACUGACUUAUUUUCUACGGUUAACUUUUUGAGAAAAAAAAUCCCUACUUUAUUUAAUUGCUGUCAUUGAAGUUUUUUUUGUUUAAGAACUGGGUUAUUUUUAAUGUACCAUUGUGCCCAUGUUGCCAGUUGGCCCUGUUGGGGCAGAGUUGGCCCCUGGACACGAUCUUUCAGACCCAGGUUGGUAGCUGGUGCCGAGUCUUGUUGCACUGCGUUCAUGCCUAAUCAGAGAUUUACUGUGGUUACUAAAUCUGACAUGUUGGUGCAGUUUCCUGGUCAGUUCGGUCUGAGAGAAGUGUCUGUUUACAUCAGAUGUGGGGAGGGAACAGUUGCACAGCCCCACUCCUCACCCAUACUGUAACCCCCCUUUGGCUCUACCCAGCACCCUUAUUGCCACAGGUGUGUGUGUGUGUGUGUGUGCGUGCAUGUGCUGUGUGACCUAUGGAGAAUGUGAUUGUUGUUUUGGAGUGAACGUACAGCAUGUUUGGCAAGGAUGGGAGGCGUGAGUAGAGCAGGGUGGUGGGUUUGUCAGUCAUGCGAUGGUGGGGAAACCUAACAGAAGCAUUCCAUCAUAUCCAAAUUGAUGUGGAAAAUGUGAAAUGGUGGCCAAUAAACUGAAAAGUACUUAUAAAA